AUGUACACCGACAAUCUUGCUUCACUCUGUCCAAGGAUACCAAACCAGGAAACUCUAUUCAACUCUCGACCCAAGGACAUUUCCCGGAACAUCUUUUUCUGGAUCUCAAAGGACCUUGAUAUACCCAUGGAUGAUGACGACAACAAGCCUGGACUCACAUUGACUGGAUCUGUCCGCCCGGACAUGAAACAAUAUUAUUAUACACUGGCCGUGAGCCUCGACAUCACACGACCUACUGAAUUUCGCCUGGACUCUGCUCCUUCUGUACCGCUUAGCGGUGUUAGACAUCAAGGUAGCAUCUGGCUUAAUGGCCUGCAAUCCAAUUUGAUUGCUUCUUCGUGCAGCCGCACUGGACUUACAUUCAUGGACACCAAUAAUGCUUUCUACUGGACGUUCUUUCUGCUGGACCACAAUGGAUACCGAGGAUCUCAUUGUUCUGCUCAAUCGACACUGGAAUUCCAACAUCGACAAUACAUGAUGCUAUACCAACUUGUUUUUCUGCGAAUACUUAGAUUGAAGGCCUGGACUUUACGACAACACGUUAAACACUCUCAACAUGCCACUGGAACACUGCCGGAUUCGAUCGAUUAUAGCUACUCUCAGCCAACAUUGGCCCCCAACACUGGACUCUUUUCUUUUUCUUCUCAAACAGAACCAUCAGCGGACCUGUUGACAGGUUCGUCAUGGGCCACGACAGUAGAAGGACCACAGAACUUUCAAGAUUUCUCAGACAACGGAUCCGCCCAUUCCGGAGAAGCCGAGGAGUUCAUUUUCACAUCUGGCCAUGCUACGCCCCGAGGAACCAGGGUGCCUUCCCAAGGAAACUGGUCCACAUCCAGGACUACCGCUUCUGUGACCCAAGGUGGACAAGCCAUGUCCAGGGUGAGCUCAAGCAGGUCUAGCGGCUCUUCGCUGUCACAAUCAUCACAUCUGUCCAACAUGGACUUCACAGGUAAUGCUUCCGCUCUUCAGACUGGAACCCAGACCGGUGCUACCCUGCAUGGAAUUGAUACUUGCCUCCUGGACCCUACCGAUGGUAUCACGAACCAGAUGUACUGGCCCGGCUACUCCCUUGACGGUGGAUUGAACGGUGAUGCCACCUUUUCUCUUCCCGAUGCCAACCCUCUGCAUGUUGUUCCCUCUCACAUGCAGCUCGGCCCUGAUGUUUCCCUGGUCGAGAACUCUCCUCCCAGCCCUUGGGACUGCUUCUCUAGCUCUAUCUCUCGAUCAUCUUCUCCCAACACUAUUGAGGAUUUGUGGUUCCCUAACCAGAGCCCAAACUCAUCUCCUGAGAUUCAGUGCCAGUCACCAAGGUACGUAGCCCCUAACCGCAUAGUUACCCCUGAUCCGGUUUCUUACCAAGUCGACUGUUCUAGCCUGGACCGGAAUAUCCCUGUGAUCUCUGAAGAUGCCAACGGAAAAUCCAUGCCCACAUUCGACGAGCUUCCUGCUGCCACCUCUGCCUUCACUGGUCCACGACGACAAAACAGCGAUGGUGAGUCCGCUCGGGACCAUGACCUAUACAAGAAGGCCGCUCCAUACGAGGAUGGACUUUACCACUGCCCAUGGGAAGGACAACCAAGCUGCAACCACCGACCCGAGAAACUCAAGUGCAACUACGACAAAUUCGUGGACUCUCACUUGAAACCCUACCGCUGCAAGGCUGAGUCGUGCGAGGGCGCCCGCUUCUCGUCGACUGCGUGCCUCCUCCGCCAUGAACGUGAGGCCCACGGACUCCAUGGUCAUGGCGACAAGCCUUUCCUUUGUGUUUAUGAGGGCUGUGAGCGUGCCGUUCCUGGAAAUGGAUUCCCUCGCCAGUGGAACUUGCGUGACCACAUGAAACGUGUUCACAACGACCACGGAAGCUCCAGCGGCUCACCUACGAGUGGAUCUGCUCAGCCUGCCAAGGGACGUAAGCGCAAGACUGAGACUGCCGAGGCUCAGACUACCCACAGCCGCAAGGCGACUGUCAAGUCAAUGCCUCCUCCCCCGGAGCCCAAGGAGAACAUGACCCAGCCCCUUAUUGAUCAGUGGAUGGAGCACCGCAAGGCUGUGGAGAGCCUCAUGCGAAACCUUAUCAAGCCUGAGGACACACAGAACCUCCAGCACAUCGGAACUCUCCAGAACCGCCUGAGUUCCAUGGUGAAGCUCACCAACGACCUCAAUGCCAUCAACAACCCAGGGAACACUCUGACAUGCGAGUCUUAUUUCACAGAGAGCAAGUACAACAACAACAACAACAACAACAACAACAACAACAACAACAACAACAACAACAACAACAACAACAACAACAACAACAACAACAACAACAACAACAACAACAACAACAACAACAACAACAACAACAACAACAACAACAACAACAACAACAACAACAACAACAACAACAACAACAACAACAACAACAACAACAACAACAACAACAACAACAACAACAACAACAACAACAACAACAACAACAACAACAACAACAACAACAACAACAACAACAACAACAACAACAACAACAACAACAACAACAACAACAACAACAACAACAACAACAACAACAACAACAACAACAACAACAACAACAACAACAACAACAACAACAACAACAACAACAACAACAACAACAACAACAACAACAACAACAACAACAACAACAACAACAACAACAACAACAACAACAACAACAACAACAACAACAACAACAACAACAACAACAACAACAACAACAACAACAACAACAACAACAACAACAACAACAACAACAACAACAACAACAACAACAACAACAACAACAACAACAGAUGGCCCUUGACAACAGGAAAGGGUAGCAGAUUUAGACACUUUGUUUGGGAGGAAUUUUGA